AUGCAGACCAAACUCCCUUACCUCGAGAAAGCCUCAACCGGCCAACAGCUCGUUGUCGAUGGAGAGCCUUUUCUAAUGCGCCCGGCCGAGCUUCAAAAUUCUUCAUUGAGCUCCGCCAAAUUCAUGAAGGAUGUGUGGCCCCAACUGGUACAGGGGAAGAUAAACACUGUCCUCGGCUCCGUCAGCUGGGAACAUAUUGAGCCUCGUGAGGGAGAAUUCUGCUUCGAGGAGCUCGAUGAGAUAUUGCAAAAUGCGCGUUCACACGGUCUGCGCCUUGUGCUGUUGUGGUUUGGAUCGUUCAAAAACAGUACGGAUAACGCCACAACGUUGAAGUACACCAUAUAG